AUGGCGUUAGUUUCUGCGGCGCCUUACUUGGCCUUGCUCUCUGAGCUGGACCCUUCUUUGAAGCUGUACGCGUUGUCCUCGUUGAAUGACGUUGUUGACCAGCUCUGGGCAGAGAUCGCCAAUAACCUCCAGGAACUCGAGGAUCUUUAUGAGGACCAGCUGUUUGAGAAGCGUUCAUUGGCGGCUCUUGUUAUCUCGAAAGUAUACUAUAAUCUUGGUGACUACGAUGCCUCGGUGAAGUACGGUCUCCGAGCUGAAAAUGACUUCAACUUCGAAGAGAAGUCUCAGUACAUCGAGACCAUUGUUUCUCAGUGCAUCAACAUCUACUCGAAAUUGUCGCAAAAGAAGUUUUUGGGGGAAGAUGUCACUAUAAGUCCUCAGCUCGUGUUGAUUUUCGACAAGAUGGUGGCCAAAUGUAUGGCAGCAAAUGAUUUGAAGCUUGCCUUGGGCAUUGCCUUGGAGAGCUUCCGUUUAGACAUAAUCACGGAUAUCAUCCAGAAAGAGGCCGCCCGUGAUGGUGAACAAGGGUUGGCGUUGAUAAACUAUGUAUUAGUUUGCGCUAACUCGGUGGUCUCGAGCGGUGUGUUCAGAACUGAAUUGUUGAACACCUUGAUCAAUCUGUUGUUGGCCUUGAAAGAUCAUCAGGACUUCUUCACUGUGUUUAAGAUCAUUAUCCAGUUAAACGACUCGGAUUUGGCCGUCCAGGUUUUCAAGAAGCUCGUUGCUAAGGACGAAAAGUUGAUUGCAUACCAAGGCGCCUUUGACUUGGUCAGUUCUGCCUCGCAGGAGUUGGUUGAUUCGGUCGCAAAGAAAUUGUCAGCAGAUGAGUCUUUCGACGCUGAUCAUCCAGUGCAAGCUAGAUUACUCCACGUGCUAUCGGGCGUGCCUACAUGCGAUUUGGACAUUACCUUCUUGUAUCAGAACAAGAACAUCGAUCUCACGAUUUUAAACAAGUCCAGAAAUCUUUUAGAAGGCAGAAACUCCAUAUUUCAUUCAGCUGUUACAUUUGCCAAUGCCUUCUUCCAUAUGGGUACCACUGACGAUUCUUUCUUCAGAAAGAACCUUGAAUGGCUAGGCAAGGCUACGAAUUGGUCCAAAUUCUCCGCCACCGCAGCUCUCGGUGUCAUUCACAAGGGUAACUUGUCUCAGGGCCGUAAUAUCUUGAAACCAUACUUGCCUGGUUCUAACGGUGCUUCGCACACUAAAGGUGGCUCUUUGUUUGCCUUGGGAUUGAUCUUCGCUGGCCAUGGCAGAGAAACAAUUGAUUACCUAAAGCUGUUCAUUGACGAACAUGGUAAUGCCGCUGGUAGCCAUGAUACUGAUGUGAUGUUGCAUGGUGCAUGUUUGGGUAGUGGUGUUGCCGGUAUGGCUAGUAACAGUGAGAGUCUCUACGAGGCAUUGAAGGUGGUAUUGUACUCAGAUUCCGCCGUUUCAGGGCAAGCUGCUGGACUUGCCAUGGGUUUGGUAAUGUUAGGCUCAGGUAAUGAAGAAGCCAUAAAUGACAUGUUCACCUACGCUCAAGAGACCCAACACGAAAACAUCAUCCGUGGACUUGCUAUUGGUAUUGCAUUGUUGAACUACGGUCAAGAGGACAAAGCCUUACCCAUCAUUGAGAAACUUCUUGACGAAGAGAGCCCCAUAUUGAGAUAUGGUGGUGCUUUCACUGUUGCCUUGGCCUACGCCGGAACUGGCAACAAUGGUGCCAUAAAGAAGCUUUUGCACUUUGCGGUAUCCGAUCCCUCCGAUGACGUGAGAAGAGCAUCGGUCUUGAGUUUGGGUUUCUUGUUAGUCCGUGACUACCAUGCUGCUCCUCAAAUCGUGGACUUGUUAUCUCAAUCACACAACCCUCACGUUCGUUACGGUACAGCGAUGGCAUUGGGUAUCUCCUGCGCCGGUAGAGCUUUGCCUGCUGCAAUUGAAGUCUUAGAGCCAUUGACAAGGGAUGCUGUGGACUUUGUCAGACAGGGUGCUUUGCAAGCGACCGCCAUGAUCUUGAUUCAGCAAAACGAAACACUUUAUCCAAAGGUUAAGGAAUUCACAUCAUUAUAUGCCAACACAAUCAAGAAUAAACAUGAAGAUGCUUUGGCCAAGUUUGGUGCUGCCACAGCUCAGGGUAUCAUUGAUGCUGGUGGCAGAAAUGUCACAAUCCAAUUAGAAAAUGGCAACACCAACACAUUAAAUGCUAAAGCCAUCGUUGGCUUAGCUGUAUUCGUUCAGUCAUGGUACUGGUUCCCAUUGGCUCACUUCUUGUCGCUUUCAUUCGCUCCAACUGCCAUCAUUGGUGUCAAGGAGGACUUGAAAGCACCAAAGUUUGAGUUAAACGUUCACAGCUCUCCAGAGUACUUCCAGUACCCACCUCAACAAGAAGAAGCGAAGGAGAAGCAGCCAGACAAGGUCGCCAAAGCUGUUCUUUCGACGACAGCAAGGGCCAGAGCCAGAGCUAAGAAGCAGCAAGCAAAGAAGGAGGGAGAGGAUGGCAACAAAGCUACCGACAUGGAUGUUGACGAUGAUAGUAAGGCUCAGGUGAAGAAGCAAGAUGCUGAAAAGAAAGAAAGUGAAGGUAAGGACGACAAGAAGACAGAAAAGGGCGAUGACAAGAAGGACGGAAAGAAGGACACAAAGAGCGAAGAGAAAGAGGAUGAGCCUAUUGCCAACGAACAGGUGCCCAUCAAAUACCUGAAGACGCCAUACAAGAUCAGCAAUUUGUCCCGAGUGUUGCCAGCGCAAGUCAACUACGUUUCCUUCAUAAAGGACGACCGGUUUGUCCCUAUCCGUCGCCACCGUGGUUUCGGCGGCAUCAUCAUGUUGCAUGACACGAAGCCAGAGGAGAAGGUUGAGGUGAUCAAGACUGUGAGACAGUUGAACAUGACGGAAGCGCCUCUUCCGGAGCCAUUUACCUUGAGCGGCGAGGAUCUAGAAGACGAGGUGGAUUGA